AAGAAUAAGCGUGUUGUUAUACUUUGUGUGAGCAUGUGUGGAGUAUAAUAAAGGAAAAUAAAGUAAAUGUUGGUGUGUUGCAGGAGCAGACGAGCGAUGCGGCAGCGGAAAUCGACAAUUUGUUAAAAAUAGCAAUAUAACGACCACCCAAUUGAAGAACACACAGGAAUCGAAUGAAAAGUGCAACAAUAUGAGCAAAAUAUUCAGGGUUACAAACAGUUUUGUUUAAAUUUUAUUAAAUUAUAGAGUUAAUGACAGUCGGUUUUAAACGAACGGGAAGUGGAGGUUUUGAAUUCUUUUUUGAAUAUAAAAAACCAAACACAAUGGGUUUGAUUGAAUUGAUAACAACUUCUGGUGCUGUUUUAUUACUUAUUGUAACAAUGCCUUUCUCAUUAUUUUUCUGUUUUAAAGUGGUUCAGGAAUAUGAAAGAGCUGUUAUUUUCCGUCUUGGGAGAUUGCGUACAGGUGGUGCAAGAGGUCCUGGGAUAUUUUUUGUCCUGCCAUGUGUGGAUUCAUACAGGAAAGUUGAUUUAAGGACUGUUUCUUUUGAUGUCCCGCCACAAGAAGCAUUAACUAAAGAUUCAGUUACGGUUACUGUGGACGCUGUAGUGUAUUACAGGAUACAAGAUCCUUUGAAUGCUGUUGUGCAAGUUACAAAUUACAGUAACUCAACAAGACUGUUAGCUAUGACAACACUACGGAAUAUUCUGGGGACGCGAAAUUUAGCCGAAAUUUUAUCAGAUAGGGAAGCCAUCUCGCAUGCUAUGCAAACAUCCCUUGAUGUGGCGACUGAUCCAUGGGGUGUGAAAGUAGAACGUGUUGAAAUAAAGGAUGUAAGUCUACCAACACAAUUACAACGAGCAAUGGCAGCUGAAGCCGAAGCAACAAGAGAAGCCAGAGCCAAAGUGAUCGCAGCCGAAGGUGAAAUGAAAGCAUCUAGAGCCCUACGUGAUGCUGCAAAUGUCAUUAAUGAAAGUCCAGGAGCCUUACAGUUGAGAUAUUUACAAACUCUAAACAACGUCGCCGCCGAAAAGAACUCGACAAUCAUCUUCCCCCUACCCAUGGAUUUGAUAUCCUGUUUCCUAGAUAUUCCUUCAGUGACAGGACGAACUAAAAAUCACUUACCAACUCCUAUUAAUACUCAUUUAGCUGGACAUUCAGCCGGACAACAUUUACGUUUCUGAUUGUUCUGAGUGUAUUAUUGUUUAUAUGCUAUUAGAGUAACAAUAUUUUAAUAUAAAAUAUAAAAAUUGUUUUAUACAUAAUUACAUAAUAAUAAUAAUAAUAAAAAGAUAUUAAAACUA